AUGCCUCAAGAGGCGCAGAUCCAAUCGGGACUGGGGUUACGACCCCACCUGCGAAGCAAUAAAAAAAUAGCAAUACCACAAUCUAAAACACACGAUUCCGAACAUCACUUCUUCGUGCAAUGCAUCAUCGCAGGGUCGUUUUUUGCGCGAUUUCGUAUUGCAGAUAAAUUUUCACAAGAUGGAUGCUACGCCGUAGAUGACAGCAGAUAUGAAUUCGCAUCGGGUGACUUCGUUGGCGCUGAUAAUAAAGCCUUAUGCAUCAUCCUCAAAAUCUCUUCGGUGACCGCAUUUCAUAUACAAAGCAUGUGA